CAGCACGGAGGGAGGAUAUGAACCCGGAUCCCUGGGACAGGGCCUUCGACCGGCGGAGCCCCCCAGGGCAGGAACCCAAUUGCCAAGGACUGGGUCCCGGGGGCGCCAAUUGGCUCAGGAGAGGUCCGAGCCAGCUGCCAGAACGACAGAGGCACCCAUCUGUUUUAGAUACUCCUCACUGUGGUAUCUGGGGAAACUGAGGCACAGCGACCAGGGCCAUAGUGCAGCAGGACCUUGAACCCAGGACUCCUAGCCAAGCCUGACAGCUGCCCCCCAGGCCAGACGGGGUCAGGGUCCAGCUGUGAGGUGCCCUAGGACAGAGACACCUCCUGGUGUGGGGGUGUUUCCCUGCAGAUGUCGCUACCUCCUAGGACCGCGCUGUCAGAGGUGCAGGGUGCUGCGCAUGGGGGCUUGCGGCAAACCGAACGGGGAUUAGGUGCUAUGAUUUGGACAGGGAACGGGAAGGACUGAUGACUGUGAGCUCUGUGUCAGGGCAGCACACGGCGCGACAGGGCCCCGAUCUUGGGGACUCUGGGUCUGGGCAGCGCCUGACCCGAUGAGGCCCCGAUCUCGGUGACUUUGUGUCUGGGCAGUGCCUGGCACAGAGACAGAGGACUGACCAUCUGACCAAGUGGGCAGGGAGGUUGGCAGAGAGCAGGGUGUUUUGGGGAGGUGUCUGUGUAUGUAUCUAUUGUGGCUGUAGCUCUGAUUGUGUGUGUGAGGGGGAGGGGUGCCCUCCAACCCCAUCCCCAUUCGCCACGGGGCCCAUGGCAGCCUCCCAGCUGGACUGCCUGGAGGACGCCCCCGCAGGGACCCCAGUGACUGAAUCCAGCCCCGAAUUCUUCUACUCGGAGGGGCAGCGGCUGGCUGUGGAGGCCCUGCUGGCCGGAGGGCAGUCGGCCUACGCGCAGCGCCUGGCGCAGGACAGGCUGCGCCCCUUCCUGUCCGACGACGAGCUCCGGCACCUGGCCGAGGCAGCCCGGGAUGUCCCAGAGCCAGCAGGGGAGUGCGACGGGGAUGCCAACGAGCUCAGCCUCAGCUACUGGCCCGGGUGCUCGGAUGAGCCCAUCCCCGAACUGGAGCUGGGUUGGCCCCUGGACGGGAACUGGAAGGGCAUCACCCGUGCAGAGGUCUACACGCACCCACCGGGGGACGGGGCCCCCAAGGUCAAGGAGCUGGUGCGCAGGAAAAUUCAGCAGGCUGCCAAGGUGGUUGCCAUAGUGAUGGACAUCUUCACGGACCCCGAUAUCCUGCUGGACUUGCACGAGGCCAGCACGCGGCGCGGGGUCCCCGUCUACCUGAUCCUGGGGGAGGAGCACCUGUCCGCCUUCCUCAGCAUGGCAGAGGGCGCCUGCCUCAACGUGCGCUACAUGGAGAACCUGCGGGUCCGGGUCAUUGCGGGCUGCACCUUCUGGAGCCGACAGCGCAAACAGGUCACUGGGACCCUGAAGGAGAAAUUCCUGCUGAUCGACGGCGACACGGUGAUAACGGGGAGCUACAGCUUCACGUGGAGCGACGCCCGCCUAAGCCGCCAGCUGGUGACGCUGCUGACGGGCGAGAUCGCCGGGGCCUUCGACCGCGAGUUCCGGACCCUCUACGCCGCCUCCCGCCCGCUGGCGCCCACCCGGGCCCCCCUGCCCAGCCCCCCGGCCCUGCCCCGCGAUGGACGCCCCAACGGCCAGCCCGCCCCCUACCGCAGCGAGCUGGGCGGGCUGCAGCUGGCCAAGGGCGCCCACCGGGUGGCCGAGCGCCGCUCCGUGGCCCCCCAGCCCGUGGCCAAGAGCCGGGCCGGGGAGUGGGAGCUGGUGCGGGUCAUCCGGGCCACGGUGGGCAACGAUCUACCCCGGCGCCUGGGCCCCGAGGGCCACAGUGCUCUGAGCGACGUGGAUCGGGGCGGCCGGCCGGGGCGGCUGGCGGGUGCCGCGGGGCAGAGACCCAGCAAGUCCCUUUGGGACCUGAGCCGCCUCUCCCAGCUCUCCGGCUCCAGCGCCGGCCGCGACGGCCCCGAGUCGGGGGACGAGGUGAAGCACAAGUGGGGGCUGCAGGACACGCCAGCCCGGGCCCUGAUGAGACGGAGGGGUGCACCCCCGGCCAGCGAGGAGCCCCGCCAGCCCCCCAUCUUCCUGUCACCCGCCUACAUGCCCCCAUCGCAGGGCUACCAGGCCUUGGGCCGGCUGCAGGGGCAGCUCUACCACGGGCCUACGGCCCUGCCCCGCGUCUGGGGGCCCCCCCACGGCUACAGCAGGGACCGUCGCUAUUGAACGGGCACCUACCAGUAGCAGCCAGCCAGGGGUGGGGUGGGGAUGAGACACCCCCCAUCUCCCCAGGCUGCUCCCAACUGGGGCAGGCCUGUAGGUUACACUGGACCCAGCGUGCGAGCAGGAGGGGGUUAUCCUGGUGGUGCUGGAGGAACCAGAGCCAGCGUGCGAGCAGGAGGGGGUUAUCCUGGUGGUGCUGGAGGAACCGGAGCCAGCGUGCGAGCAGGAGGGAAUUGUCCUGGUGGUGCUGGAGGAACUGGAGCCGGCAUGUGAGCAGGAGGGACACGUC